GCUGCGUCUCCUGUCCGGCGGCAGCGCCGAACGCCAGCAGGCACGGCCAGGGCGUGGCCUUCGCGUACGACGACCCGGAGGAGAUGCUCAAGCCGUGGCGGUUCAUACCGCAGUUCGUGCCCGUCAUCGUGACGCACGGCAUCACAUUUGUGCUGGGCGUCAUUGGCAACACGCUCAUCAUCAUCGCACUCAAGAGGGACACGCGCACUCGCAGCGCCACCAGCGCGUUCCUGAUCUCGCUGGCGGUGGCUGACCUGCUGCUGCUGCUGCUCUGCGUGCCGCUCAAUACGGCCGAGUACUUCCUGGUGACGUGGGGAGGCGAGGGCACCGUUUGCCGGCUGGCCUCCUAUGUCGAGAUGCUCUCUCUGGUCGCCUCCGUCCUCAACCUCACCGCCGUCAGCUUCGAGAGGUACCUGGUGGUCGUGUACCCGAUGCGGUCCCGGUCGCUGUGCACCCUGCGGAACUGCCGGAAGGCGCUGGUCGUCGUCUGGGUGCUGUCGCUGCUCCUCACCGUUCCCGUGCUCUUCUCAAGGAGGAGCUACCCGUACACGUACUACAACAACGAGACGUCACUCACCCUGUACAAAUGUGACGACGUGACCUCCGGCAACCUACACCUGCUGUUGGCCGUUUACCAGCUCGUCAUCACCUUCGUCAUCCCGCUGAUCCUCAUGUCCUUCUUUUACACCUGCGUCAUCCGCGUGCUGUGGACGUCCACCAAGACCAUCUCGGAACUCACCACCAGCUACAGCAGGCUGAGCCGGGCAGCCAGCCAUGAGCCGCCGAGCCUGCCGUCGUUCCAGCUGGCCACGGGCGUGCACAGCCUGACGCCGGCCAGUCCGGACACCACCACCGUGCACAGCUGCCUGUUCCAGCACCAUCGCACGCCCGAGACCAUCAAGAACGCCCGCAAGCAGGUGAUCAAGAUGCUGAUCUUGAUCAUCGCGUUAUUCAUGCUCUGCUGGGGCCCGCGCCUCAUCAUGCGCCUGAUGAUGGUGCUCGGCCUACCAUUCUACUCCAACAGCACCUACUCGCUCAAGGUCGCAUUCUACCUUCUGCCUUUUGUGCACUCCUGCAUGAACCCCGUCAUUUACACACUGAUGUCGACCAACUUCCGACGGCUGCUCUCCAACAGCUCAGCAGUCAAAUACGCCAGCCGCUGCUGCCGAGGCCCGGUUCAGGCGGCCUCACGAGGCGCGGCCCGGGCGCGACAGUCGCCGCCUGUGAGGUUUCCUCCCGACCCCACCAACACCAGAGAGCCGAUCUCUCUGCGGACGGCCGCGGCGUGCUCGGACCUCGAAAUCGAGCUGGGACUUCGGCUGGGCUCGAUCGGGGCCACGGCCGACUAGGCCGGCCACGGGCUGGACGUGGGGAGGGGACCAGAAGCGGACGCCCCUGACCGGGUCAGCUGACGGCGGUCCCGAGUCGGUCGCCGGACUGACCGGCUGGGGUGAGAUCACCGCGGCAGGCCCUCUGGAGUGGGCGCCCUGACAGGGCAUGUGCGGGCGGAAACCACGACAGGACGUGUGGACCGCACCGGAGAUGCAGCGCGAGCGACCGGACGUGGGUGGAGCCGUCCACGGAGGGUUCGGUCCCCAGUCGGGGUAGUGUGGUCCGGAUCAGACCGGCUCCUGUCAGCCGGCCGGCCACGCGCCUGUUCUGCGAGGCCGGAGAGGUCGAGAGAUCGCUCGGAUCUCCGCUCUGCUUCUGCGCCAGCGCAGCGACAUCGGUGUAUCGACGACCGCGGAUCUGGCGGUCCCAGCGGCGCCACUGGGCUCCCUCAGAGGCCGCCGGGACGUGUGCGUGUGCCGUUGCUGACCCUGCAUUGCCACUUCUUGGAGAGGAGGUCUAGGACGUCGCUCGUCGGUGAAUGAUCUCGUCGCUCUAAUUUCGCGUGUGCUUGGUAGGCAGAUGAACAAGCUGCUUUAUUUGUUUUUAUUGAAACCUGUUGGUGUGUCGGUGGCUCUAUACAAUGCAUUGUGGGUACAACUACGUAAGUGAAUUCUAUUUUCUCAGUGGCAGGCUUGUUAGAUGUUUACACGACAUUUUUGUACAACAAACGGGCAGCAAUCUUUACAAGGUAUAUUUGGAUCAUGGCUGGUCAUUGUUUAUCUGUCGCGUGUUGCACUGAGUGCUUGUAUUUACGUCACACUUUCCUGUGGUAUAGCUGGGGUGUGCUGACGUGGCUACUGAUGAAAUGAAUACGGCGUAAAUUGGUGGUACGGUCCCGGUUGCCAUGUAAAUAUAUGUAUGUCGUCAAUCGGAGCCAGGUGCCGCCUUUCCGUGACGCUCCUUACGCUUUGUACAGACCAUGCAACGUAUUGAUUUCGCGUGAAUGUCACAUGAACCUUCACUGAUAUGCGCUCACACACGCGUGAGACACGAAUGUUUGUCGCGUCCAUAAUAACGUGGCACGCAUGUCCAGCAUACUGUUCACGGUCCGUUCGUGCGACAGCUCGAUCAAGCUAUUUCUGACCACACAGCGCCGUUAACACUCGUGGCCAGACACGGCCAAGCCGGGCGGGCCGAGCCUCCGGCGCCGUGGCCUGACCGGCGUAGAGCCGUCCCCCGCAACACAAAGUAGCACACUGUCAGCGCACGACGUGGCCGCACGCAGGGCUGGCGCGCGGGAGCUGCCCGCCGUCCGCCUGAUGGCCGCCAAGUGACGUCUAAUGUGGCGCGGCCGCGACAAAGCCCCGCAGCUGACUGACACAAUUACUGUACGGCCGGCCGCUCGCCGUCGGUUCCCUAUUGACGCCGAAUUGCGCCCGACUGCAGGGCGCAUUGUCAAUGCAGUAAUGGGCGCCGACACAGGCACGUGCCGUCCCUGGCGAACGUGCCGGUCCUUACCCGAUGGCCCCGGCGCUGGCGGCGGACGGGCCGGUGCGCAGCAGGGGACGCUCACGCUCGCGUGCCGGUGGAGGGCCGGCGAGCCAGGUGAACACGCUGGACAGGACACCCGUCAUCUGACAGAUGACACGUCGGACAGAUGACGCUUUUGCAAUUAAAUCCUGGCUCCUAAUUAUCCCGAGAAGCCGUCGGAAGAAGUGCGUUGAACGGGCUUAAUUUACGUAAGCUAAUACCAGCCAGCUGUAAAACUAUUAUGGGCUUAGCCCAAUGCUUUGAAAUGGUCUGCGGCUUUAAUGUCAGGAUAGGAUUUUCCCUGAAUUCCACAUCUUCCAAAAAGAGCUACCGCUGCGGAUGAUAUUAUUCCGCUCGUGACGGCUUUGCACCACGGGCACUAAUACAUCACUCCGCGCGACCUCGUGCUGCGCACACGAAAGCUGGGGUCGGUCACUCAUCUGAACAGUCACCUGUCAUCUCUGGGUCACCAUCUGUCUGGUCUGUGGUCCAUUUGCCGUGGCGGCUCGCCUCCGCCUCCGCCGCCGCCGCCUCGUCCUCUCCACUAACUUUGAGCGAGUGCGGUCCGGGCGGCGGCUCCUCCUGCUCCUCGACCCCUGCCGUCCGCAGCAGCUCGGAGCGGCCGCGCUGUAUGACGUAGGUGACGGGCCGCG